AACUCAUUUUCUUUAAUCAGUCAAAAUCAUUCUUGAAGAGCCCUUUUUAAAAUUCACUUCUUGUUGAGUUCUUUCUCGCUCUGAUCUGAGGGCAACGCCACCCCCACUCUCACACAGUGUUUACACGCACAUAACAUCUGGUUCUAUCUUCUUAAAAGUUCGCUAGAACCGAAUGUUGAGCUUGGGGUUAUAGGAGUGUGUAUUUGUUGGAGCAUUGAGGGGCGGGUGAAAGAUAAAAUGCGGUUGUUUCCGUCUUGCUCGAGUUCGUCCAAGGGUCAGAGUAAUGGAGGAAGCAAUCGUGCUAUGAUGUAUCUCAAUGUAUAUGAUCUCACACCUAUAAACAGCUACCUUUACUGGUUUGGGUUCGGAAUUUUCCACUCGGGCAUCGAAGUACAUGGAUUGGAGUAUGGAUUUGGAGCUCAUGAGUACCCAACCAGUGGGGUGUUUGAGGUGGAACCAAGAAGUUGCCCUGGCUUUAUUUUUAGAAGGUCGGUGCUUUUAGGUAGUACUGAGAUGUCUCGUUCAGAAUUCCGGUCGUUCAUGGAGCAUAUUUCUGGAAAAUAUCAUGGGGACACUUAUCAUUUGAUUGCCAAGAAUUGCAACCAUUUUACUGAAGAAGUUUGUUUACGUCUCACUGGAAAGCCUAUUCCUGGAUGGGUGAAUCGGCUUGCCCGAGUAGGUUCUUUUUGCAACUGUCUACUUCCUGAAAGUAUUCAGGUUACAGCAGUCAGACAUUUGCCUGAUCAUUCAGCAUAUUCUGAAGAUGGGUCAGAUUCUGGUGUGUCAUCUGUAUCAGCGGAGAGUGAAGAGGAGGAGCUGGAUCAUCAUCUGCUGACUAAGCCAAAUGCUGAUGUGGCAUUUCUAAAAGAAAAACCAGUGAGAGUAGCGAAAGAGCAGCUCUGAUUUAUAUUCUUUUGCUCCAAUUCAUUAAUAUCCUGUCCUGGGUCUUCUUGUUUGUACUUGUAGUAUAUUAUCUAUAAUGUCAAGUGUAUCAGUAAAAAUCUGUCUCAAUUAAAUUGAUGAUUCCCAAGACCCAGUAGUGUAUUGACCACUGUUUCUAAUUGUAUGAUAUGUUUGGCUUUCCAAAUUCUAUAUGAAAUGAUGUCUGCUUUGCAGUAUAAAACCGAUGUUUACAAAUUAUUAAUUGCUGUUUCUAGUUCUUAAAAA